UGGAUGAAUGUAAGCAAAAGGGAACAUUAUUUCUGCCAUUUGCUUUCAACAGACGCCCCAGAUGUGCGAGGGGGACUGAACAAAUGACACAGGGGAGGGUGCGACUCGACACAAAAUGAAACGCAGCCUUGGUUGCUACAGGUGAAAUUUUGUUUACAUCCGGGUUGUUUCGGACGAUAACACACAACACGCAUAGAAGCAGCUAACCCUGUGUAGUGUAGUUGCUAAGCCGAUUUGACACUACGAUGGCAGGGGAGACAGAAGACGAGAUACCUGAAACGGGAGCAGUCUUCACCUUUGGAAAAAGCAAAUUUGCAGAUAACAUCCCCAGUAAAUUUUGGCUGAAAAAUGAUGUACCUCUGAAAAUCACCUGUGGGGAUGAGCACACAGCAUUGAUAACAGAGAAUGGCAAGCUUUUCAUGUUUGGCAGUAACAACUGGGGUCAGCUGGGUUUGGGAUCAAAGACCAUGGUGAACAAGCCCACUUGUGUGAAAGCUUUGAAGUCUGAAAUGCGGCUUGCAGCCUGUGGAAGAAAUCACACUAUAGUUUACACUUCUCGGGGAAACGUGUACUCUACCGGUGGAAACAACGAAGGUCAGCUAGGUCUGGGAGACUGUGAGGAGAGGACAGCCUUCCAAUUGGUGGACUUCUUCAGUUCACAUGGACCAAUCAAAAUGCUUUCUGCCGGCUCCAACACCUCUGCUGCCCUCACAGAGAGUGGGAUGCUGUUCAUGUGGGGUGACAACACUGAGGGUCAGAUCGGCCUGGGGAAGGAGAGCAGUGCCCUGACCCCCCAGGUGGUCACUGUGGGUCGGCCAGUGGCCUGGGUAUCCUGUGGGUACUACCACUCUGCCUUCGUCACUGUUGACGGGGGCCUGUACACAUUUGGGGAGUGCGACAGCGGCAAACUGGGCCUGGCCACGGGUCAGCUCGAUGGACACCGCAUGCCCCAGCUGGUGAAGGGCAUCACAGACCAGGUGACCCAGGUGGCAUGUGGAAGCGGGCACACCGUGGCUGUGACAGAGGAGGACCUGUACACCUUUGGCCUGGGUCAGUUUGGUCAGCUGGGCCAGGGGACCUUCAUCUUUGAGGCGAGGCUGCCCAGAGCGGUGGAUCACUUCAGGAAGGGCCGAGUACGACAGGUGAUGUGUGGGGAGAACCACACUGCUGUCAUCACAGACAAUGGUCUUCUCUAUACCUUUGGGGACGGGAGACAUGGGAAGCUGGGUCUGGGAGAGGAGAACUUCACCAAUCAAUUCAAGCCCACUCUCUGUCCACGCUUCCUUAAGUACAACGUCCAAGCGGUGACGUGCGGAGGUUGCCACAUGCUGGUUCUAGCCAAGCCCAGAGACAAGAGCUGCCAGGAAGUGACUCUGGAGGAGAAUGAUGUCACAGAGGACUACCUGGAGAAGUCCUACACAGAGCUCUUAGGGGACACCCUCACCUCCACCCCUGCUUCCCUGAACAGUAGCCUCUCUGCCCGGGUCAGGAGGAGAGAGAGGGUGGGAGCGUUCCCGGAGCAGUUUGGGCUCAUGUUCCGGACCCUGCACCCCCUGACGUCUGGACACCUCAAUACCUCCGCACCCCUGCCCGUGUCCAGCCAGACCAUCCCCUCCAGUCUGCCCCCCAAGGAGCUAACCAACAGAAAGGUGCACAACGGCAUUCACCAACACAGGAGCACUGGGUCUAACAAGAAGGAAAAGCGGUCAGCUGAGAAGGGAAGGGAUGAGGGAGACAUGAUGGACAACGAGAGUGUUAAAGAUCUGGGAGACACCACGGACUUCCUCAACAUGACUCAUGUGAUGAAAAUGGACCCCAGUUACAAGACGUUGACGUUGUCCCCUGUACAGAAGAGGAAGGGUAAGCUUGUGAAAGGGCGUGGUAAGGCUGGGGAACAGCCAGAACUCUGUACCCCUAGGAGGGUGGAUCCCACCCCGCGGGGGGCACUGCCCACAGAGCUGCUGAGGAGCUCCAGUGACAGGUCUCUGGUGGUAGAGAAGAGACCACGCCACAGGGCUGCCCAGGGCAAAGGCAGUGGCAAGGAGAACCUCGUUGUGGCUCUGGAGGCGAUAAAGCCUGCUGAGCCGAAGGCUGGCCCUGCCAAGCCCUCCAGCAUAGGGGACAUUAGCACGGCCAAGUCCAAACCCUGUCCAUCCGCACAGAAAAAACAACUGUUUGUCGUGGAUUCUAAGGCAAUCCAAAUAAAGGACGCAGCCAAAGGUCAAAGUGCAGAGGUCAAAAAGACUCUCUUAGAGGUCAACUCUAUAUCUACAAAGGUGAAAAGUCAACAUGUAGCUGUUAGGAGAACAUCAGAUAGAAAGAGUGGCAGUCAUUCACAAGGCCUUAAGCUAACUGAUGCACUGCCUGUGGACAAGACAACUGAACCAGACCUGGUGUCUGAAGUGCCACAAAAAACGACGAAUGAAAACACAGAAAGAGAAAAGAGCAAACCAAUGACUGAACCACCUGAACAGACACCGCUGCACAGCUUACUGACCGGAGUGACCUCUCUGGGGUCAGGUGUGGGGUUAGUGACAGCCAGACAGUUUGGUUCUCCCUCAGACAGUGUGUCACUCCGGAGUCAGAGCAGGGCCCAGAGGUUCAGCAGACAGAGUGCUGAGGACGCCCAGUCUUCCUGGAGCCAGUCAUCUGCAUCCAUGGCCUCCGAACCAGGAGGCAAGAGAACAGCAGUCUGCAUCAACAUCAUCCCUGCCCAGGGGAGCUCUGAUCAGGGGGUGGAGGAGGAGCAAUGCAGGUCCUACUCUGGUCCCCAGACAACAGAGAACAGGAGGAGAGGAGAGGGGAGGAGAGUGGAGACGAGACAGGGAGCAGCGACGAUCAGACACCGGCCAAGCAGGAGAGUGAGGGUGAAGAGGAAGAGAGUAGGGGAGGAUGGAGGGAUCUCUGAAUUAGAGGAGAGCGAGGGAGGAGAUGAGCCAUGUAAGACUGAAACAGAUCAGGGAGAUGAAAGUGAGUUAGAGGAUGCAGAGAAAGAGGAGAGUGGACUGGAGGAAGAGGAGGAGGGUGACGGGACAAGUAGCCCAGUGGGAGGAGAGGGAGAGGAGGAGGAAGAAGGGGGCGGAGAGAGCAAGGAGGAGGAAGAGAGUGGGGAAGUAUCGCAUAGUGACACUGAGAGCAAGAGUAAGGAAUCCAAUUAUGAAGAGGAGGAUGAAGAAGAUGGAGAGGAAGAGGGUGAGGAUGAGAGUGAGGAGGAGGAGAGUGAAGGUGAGGAAGAAGAAGGAAAAGAGGAGGAGAAAGAAGAACAUGAAGCCAGAGAGGAGGAGGAGGAGAGUAAACAUGAGGAGGAGGAAGAAGAGGUGGUUGAUAAAGGAAAAGCUAAUGAAGGCCAGGAGAGUCAUCAGAAUGCUGCGGCCAGAGGUAACUGGUCCAAACAGAGUGCCGACUCUCCCUCGUUCUGCCCCACUCACUCUUAUCCCUUUUUGCAGGAUUUAAGAGCUGAAGAGGGGGAUGGACAUAAGAAUGAUGAAGAAGAAGAGGAGGAGGAAGAAGAGGAGAACAACAAAGCAGAGGAGAAAGAGAAAUCUGAGGACAUGGAGGGACAAUCAUUACAGGGUCAGAGCCAGUCCACAGCAGAACCCCUCCAAGGACCAGAGGGUGUGAAAGAAGAAACUCUCCCAGACGUUGCAGAGGACUCAGGUCAGCCCAGCCCUUUGGCUCCGACAGAGGAGAGCUCUGCAUCCAGCACUCAGCUGCAGAAUCGAACAACAGAGGAGAAACCCAAGAACCAACCAAGGACCAACAGAAAGCUGUUGCUGUUCAAACGCCUGUCCUCCUCCAAAGCCAAGCAGACAGAGGACAGUGCGGAAGCCCCAGCAGAGGGCACCGGCAUGGGGGAGCUGCCUGCCAGUGCCAAGGGUCCCUCUGCAGGGCUGGAGAACAGAGAUCCAUCAGAGACCAGCGCUAGUGGUGCCCAGCCCCCUCUGAGAGCACCCUCGGACUCUGGUGGUAGAGGUGCUCGCUCUACCACCUGCACCCUACUGUGACACCACUCAUUGGGUGUUGGAGAACUGGACUGGCAGCACCAACAACCAAUAAACCCUUGAAGAGGAUGCACAUUGACUGUACACAACAAACAACCACUCCACUUUGAACACUAGCGAACUUCUCACAAAGUGACCUAUUUAUUGACAUUCCGUUCCCAUACUUCCCAUAUACGAAACAUGUAUUAUAAAUGUGUAUACUUGUAUUUAACGUGCGCAAAAAUGUCUUUAAUUAACCAAAGUGUGUUUUGAUUGUGCUUUUAUAACGUAGUUGUGUG